AUGCAAGCUCGUAGAUCAUCUGAGUACUCUAUGUCCCUUGAAGAAAUAUCUAGAAGAGCUAAUGAUUCGAAGCAAAAUUCAGUUAAAACACCAUCAAGAAAAGUUUAUCAAUAUCUUUUCAAAGAUAUUAUGGCAGUGAUUGCAGUAUUUCCUUCUAUUAUUGCUGGUUUAACGCCAAUUAUCUCAUAUCAAUUUGUUGGCAAUGUUAUUACAGAACUUGGAAGAUAUUCGGUUGGCGAAAUUGAUGAUCCUCUACCAGAAACAAAAAAGCAAAUGAUUUAUUUAACAAUAGUUUUAAUAAUAGCGUCAAUUUCAUUUUUCUUUUCUACAUAUUUAUGGAAUCGAGUUGGAUGCAGAAUGUCAGUUAGAAUAAGAAGAGAUGUUUUCUCCAGCAUGAUGCGCUUUGAUGUUGCAUUUUUUGAUAGUAAUUCAAUUGGCAGCCUAUUGACAAUAUUAGGAGAAGAAGCAACUGCAAUACAAGAAGCAUUUGGUUCAGUGAAGAACUCUCAAAUCCAAAGUUUAGCUCAGUUUGUAGUUGGAUUCAUUAUGAUAUAUAUACAAAGUUGGAGACUAGGACUUAUUAUGUCCGCGUCAAUUCCAUUGAUUUUGCUUGCAAUGAUUGCAGUUAAUCACUUCCUCAAUCGAAAAGCAAAUGAAGGUUUCCAGUUAAUAUCAAGCGGAAUUACAAUAGCAGAAGAAACAAUCUCAAACGUCCGAACUGUUCGCGCAUUUAAUGGAGAAGAAGGUGAUAUUGACAGAUUCAGCGUUGUUACGAUGAAAAGCCGAAGUUUCUAUAGCAACUUCUUCGUAUACACAGGUAUAGAAUUCUUCUUUUUAAUUUUAGUCAUCUAUGGAUUUACAUCUGGAGUGCUUUACUAUGGUGCAACCAUUGUUGGCAACAAAGAAAAUGGACAAGUGUUUACAAGCGGAGCACUUAUUGCAAUUUUUGGAUUUGCAACUUCUGCAACAUGGGCGUUAACAAAUUUCCAAUUCUUACUUGGUCUUGAAGAAAGAGCAGUUCAAUCAGCAGGACGUGUAAUGGAUAUGAUUGGAUAUCAACCAUCAAUAAACAUUGAUGGAGGAAUUCAAUAUGAUGACUUCAAAGGAGAUAUCGUAUUUGAUCAUGUUUCUUUCAUGUACCCGUCUAGAAAUGUAUUCGCCCUGAACGAUGUGUCUUUCCAGAUCAAGUCAGGACAGAAUGUUGCUUUCGUUGGCCAUUCUGGAAGCGGUAAAUCAACAAUCGUUCAGUUGAUCGAAAGAUUCUAUGAUGUUACAGAAGGAGCAAUCACCAUUGACGGACAUGACAUCAAAGACAUCGAUCCAAGAUGGUUACACAAACAGCUGUCUCUUGUUUCACAGGAACCAUCAUUGUUCCAUGGAACAAUCAAAGAGAAUGUUUUGUAUGGUGUCUUCGAAGCUAAGACUGACGAAGAGAUCAUGGACGCCUUGGAACAAGCAAAUGCGAAGAAAUUCAUCAUGAAGUUCGACGAUAGCAUCAAUCAUCAAGUUGGAGAUCGUGGUUCUAUCCUUUCUGGUGGUCAACGACAAAGAAUCGCUAUUGCUCGCGCAGUCAUGAAGAAUCCGAAGAUCUUGAUCACGGAUGAAGCUACAUCUGCACUCGACAGCGAAAGCGAGAAGAAAGUACAGAGUGCACUCGACAAAGUUCUUAUUGGACGAACAGGCAUUGCUGUUGCACAUCGUCUCUCAACAGUUAUCAGCUGCGACGUGAUCUUUGUUAUCGAUUCAGGUAAAAUCGUUGAACAAGGCAAACAUGCUGAAUUAGUUGAAAAAGGAGGUGCCUAUUACAAUCUUGUCAAAUAUCAGCUAAGAAAAUCUGAAACCAAAGCAUAA